GACAAUGAGAAGCGCAGGUGAAAGUGAAAAUCAAUGGCAGAAUCUAACACCGGCUGGAGUCGGGAAGGAGUUUCGAAUCUUGGGAGGUAAAGUUUCUAGCUGUAAGAAAUACCAGGAUGACACGCUUGACAAGGUAAAUGACAUUUGGACACUCUUCUGCUCACAAGCGCAUAUCUUGAUGAGUAAAGCAGCUCCGGGCUGCUAAAUAUAUGAUGUAGAUCACAACACUUGGGCUGCUGCAUGAGUGGCUUUGCAGCUGUAAGACAUACCGGGAUGCUCAAUAUAUGCUGUAGAUCACAACACCUGGACUGCUGCAUGAGUGGCUUUGCAGUUGUAAGACAUACCAGGAUGACACAUUUGAUUACGUUGAUGACAUUUGGACUCUUCCGCUAACUGGUGCAUAGCUUGACGAAUAAAGUUUCCUUUUCUGGUUUAUAAAUAUCCUUAGAAUGAGUCCCUUCGUAUUCAAACCCUGGUCUUCUAAUGGAUCGUCAAUACCCUUCAUCAUCAUCUUUUUCUUUUGUUCAGCCUUGUUCUUUCUAGAAACUAUCUGAACUCCUUGCAUCUCAUAUCUUUUGGAAUAGAUAGCUUGCGACAUACCUUAUUGGCCUUUUUUUCUUUAUUCGUUUGCAUAAUCCGCUUUCCAUGGCAGUAGCUGCAUCUAGAUGGCAAAAAUUGAUGCAGAGGUCAUUGUCAGGCAAUCUACCAAAUGAAAUUGUCGCUGAUAUCCUGUUAAGGUUGCCUGUGAAGUCUCUUAUCAGAUUUACAUGUGUAUGCAAGGCAUGGUGUACUUUAUGUGGUGAUCCUAAAUUCACUGAAUUGCAGUUCAAACAUGGUAUUGCAAAUCACAGAGGUUGUCUUCUCCUUAGACAUCUGUCUGACACAGAGGGUCAAUUUGUCCCCUGGCGCACUCUAAAUGCAGGUUCUUACUACAUAGCAGCAAUUUGUGGCAGUUUGCUGUGUCCUGAGAAACAUUGGAAAGCUGAUGAGGUUUUUUCCUUGAGGAAUGGUGGGACUUUUCAAGAAAUUUCAAAGGUAGAAGUUCCUAUUCUUAGCAAAACAGGGCAUUACUCAAUUGUGGGAUCCAUCAAUGGAUUGAUUUGCCUGAUUGAAUCACAUCUUACUUGCCCAGCUUUUGGGUUGAGGAUUUAUCUGUGGAACCCUGCUACUAGAGAAUGCAGAGCUCUUCCAGAACAUUAUAUAAAUCAGUGGAACAAUUUGCUGCUUGUACUUGGUGUUGGAUUUGGAUAUCUUUCCACUACUAACGACUACAAAGUGGUGAGAAUAAUAACGGCUUUCAAUUUUGAAACUAAAGUAGAGGUGUACUCAGUGAGCACAGAUUGUUGGAGAAGUUUGGAAACAAAUAUCCAGUGCCAGAUGACCCAGAUCUAUGAUUACCGCUCCGCAGUAUUUAUGAAUCAGGCAUCACAUUGGGUUGCUACAGAUGAUGCGAAUUAUUCCUUUAUCCUUGCCUUAGAUAUGGUAAAUGAAACAUUAUACACCUUGGAGUUGCCCAAUGAUGGUGGAAAGCGUCAGUCAUGGCAUAGAAAACUUGCGGUGUUGAUGGAAUCCCUUCUUAUCUGCAUAUUUGACCCCUCUAACAUGGCUGGAACUUGGAGCAUAUGGGUUAUGAAGGAUUAUGGUGUGCCAGAGUCCUGGACUAAAUUGUACAAGGUGGGAACCGAAACGAUGAUACCAGCAGGAUUGGUGGAUGAGGGUGAGUUCAUGUUGAUUAAAAACAGUUGGCUGGUUUCUUAUGAUCCAAUUCUUGAGAAAGUUAAGAAUCUCCAAGUUUUUCAUCCCACUCAUCUCUUCCGUUACAUCGAGAGCCUAGUAUCUCCCAGAGGAUGAAGUUAAAUUCUCGGAUAUGCCUGUUGGGUAGGGCUCAGUUUCAGCUCCUUGAAGUCCAAACGUUCUUUGGCCGCUGCAAAUUUUAACUUUGGAAGAUUUUAUGUUUUGUGUUGUUUAGAACAUCAUUGUUGUUUUCAAAAUUAGAUUAGCAUCUAUGUUAGUAGGUUCUAUUGUUUGAGAACACAAUGACUUUUUCUAGGUCUUCUAAGCCCCUUCCUGCAUCAAUGUGUCAGUUUUUCGUAUUUAGAGAAUACCUUGCCAUUUAUCUUUUCUGUUUGUAAACUUUGUCAUGUGAUUUUCUUAGCAUCUAAGGCAUGAAUAGUUGCACUGGGUUUAAUAUAUUAA